AUGUCACCUCAACGUAUAGUUGUCAAGACAAUCCACCUGCCUCCUUCAGAUCCAUCACUUCCUGCCCUCGCGCUCCAGGUAACACAAUUGGUCGAUUCGUAUCUCGUAUGGAUAGGCGCGACAGGCGUUUCGUCUGAUGACAUCGAUCAAGCACCCCAGCAAGGGAAUCUCAGCAGAGAUUGGGCGUGUGCUAUGCCCCCACGCCUAAGGGGAAGCUAUUCAAGCGACGCUGUACCGGCGACAUCGCUGUAUCGGUCUUCGAGCUCCGAGGUUGCAUUGCCUAUGGCGCAACGACUGGCGAAAAGGUUCCGGAAGCAAAUAUUUUUAUCGGUGGACGUGCCUCCAGCGAUCUUAUCGAUGAGCCAAAGCCACAAGCUGUUGUUCGCCGUUGAGAAGGGCAUUGUCGGCGCUCUAAAAGACAUUGAAGGGGACGGCAGAGGUGAUGGCAGUGCGAGUGCGAGCACUGGCUGA